CGAUUCUCCAGGGUACUUUGAGCCCUCGAGCUGUCACUCACUUCACAAACCAUGGCCACACGCCCCGAUGAGAGCCAGAACCUGGCGCUUGAGCUCCAAGAUGGCUACGUCUGCUUCGGCAGGAGCUUUGGUGCUGAGAAGAGCAUUGCUGGUGAAUUGGUCUUCCAGACUGGUAUGGUGGGUUAUCCCGAGUCGAUAACUGACCCAUCGUACCGCGGCCAAAUUCUGGUCAUCACGUUCCCUUUGGUGGGCAACUACGGUGUGCCCUCGCGCGAAGACCUCGAUGCGCUCGCUCAGGGCAUUCCGGCGCACUUCGAGGCCAGAGAGAUCCAUAUUGCUGGUCUCGUUGUCCAGACAUAUGCCGAAGAGGAGUUCUCACACUACAUGGCCGCCUCUUCGCUGGGCGCUUGGCUCAAGGAGCAGGGCGUGCCUGCCAUCACUGGCGUCGAUACCCGCGCUCUGACGAAGCGCAUCCGUGAGGAAGGAAGUAUGCUUGCUCGCUUGAGACAGCGAACAGGGCCUUCUCCCUCUUCCACAGCUCUUACCAACGGCGCGGUCGACACUGCGGCGCUGGCUGACGGCGAGGACGAGGACUGGAGCAGCGCCUUCGAGCAGAUCGAAUGGGUAGACCCCAACAAGAAGAAUCUGGUGGCUGAAGUCUCCAUCAAAGAACCCAAGCUCUUUUCUCCCGACCCUUCCACAGCUCUCAAGCACCCCUCCGGCCGCCCAGUACGUGUAGUAACUGUCGAUGUCGGUCUUAAAUACAACCAGCUGAGAUGCUUCCUCCGGCGAGGUGUCGAGGUCCUGCAAGUGCCGUGGGACUACGACUUCCCUCAGCUUGCCGGUAAGGACUACGAUGGUCUCUUCAUCUCCAACGGUCCUGGUGACCCAGCCAAGAUGGAGGCCACCGUAAAGCACAUCAAGGCCGCCAUGGAUGAGGCACGGACACCCAUCUUCGGUAUCUGUCUUGGUCACCAACUGCUCGCAAGAGCAUCGGGCGCCGAGACGCUCAAGAUGAAGUUCGGUAACCGUGGUCACAACAUUCCCUGUACAAGCAUGAUCACUGGAAAGUGCCACAUCACAUCGCAGAACCACGGUUUCGCAGUGGACUCCAAGACUCUGCCCAAUGGCUGGGAGGAGCUCUUCGUCAACGCCAACGACGGCAGUAACGAGGGUAUCCGCCACGUUCGCCGACCAUACUUCAGUGUGCAAUUCCAUCCUGAGCAUACACCCGGUCCCCGCGAUACCGAGUACCUCUUCGAUGUGUUCAUCAGCACCAUCCAGAAGUCGAUUGCCUCUUCAGAGACCAUGACCCAGCCUGUGGAGUUCCCUGGCGGCACACUUGAGGAGAACAAGAAGUUGACACCCCGUGUCGAGGUUAAGAAGGUCCUUGUCCUUGGUAGUGGUGGUCUCAGCAUUGGACAGGCUGGAGAGUUCGAUUACUCCGGAAGUCAGUGUAUCAAGGCUUUGAAGGAAGAGGGCAUCUACACCAUCCUCAUCAAUCCUAACAUCGCCACAAUUCAGACAUCGAAGGGCCUUGCCGACAAGGUCUACUUCCUCCCAGUCAACGCCGACUUUGUUCGCAAGGUUAUUCAGAAGGAGCGCCCCGACGGUAUCUAUGUCACCUUCGGUGGUCAGACUGCCCUUCAAGUCGGUAUCCAGCUCAAGGAUGAGUUCGAGGGUCUCGGCGUCAAGGUUCUGGGAACACCCAUCGAUACCAUUAUCACAACCGAGGACCGAGAGCUGUUCGCUCGUGCCAUGGACUCCAUUGGCGAGAAGUGCGCCAAGUCCGCGUCUGCCAACAGUACCGAGGAGGCCAUGCGUGUCGUUAAGGACAUCGGCUUUCCUGUCAUCGUCCGCGCUGCCUAUGCUCUUGGUGGACUCGGCAGUGGUUUCGCCGACAACGACCAGGAGCUGCUUGACCUGUGCAACAAGGCAUUUGCCGCCAGUCCCCAGGUCCUUAUCGAGCGCAGUAUGAAGGGAUGGAAAGAGAUCGAGUACGAAGUCGUCCGCGAUUGCCGCGACAACUGUAUCACCGUCUGUAACAUGGAGAACUUCGACCCCCUCGGUAUCCACACUGGAGACUCCAUUGUCGUUGCUCCAUCCCAAACCCUGUCUGACGAAGACUACAACAUGCUCCGUACCACGGCUGUCAACGUCAUCCGUCAUCUUGGUGUUGUCGGAGAGUGCAACAUUCAGUAUGCGUUGAACCCAUUCUCCAAGGAGUACUGCAUCAUUGAAGUCAACGCUCGUCUGUCGCGUUCGUCUGCCCUUGCCUCGAAGGCUACCGGGUACCCUCUCGCUUUCGUCGCUGCCAAACUUGGUCUUAACAUUCCCUUGAACGAGGUCCAGAACUCGGUCACACGCUCGACUUGCGCCUGCUUUGAGCCCUCGCUCGACUACGUCGUCGUCAAGAUUCCUCGUUGGGACUUGAAGAAGUUCACUCGUGUCUCCACACUCCUCGGCUCCUCUAUGAAGAGUGUUGGUGAGGUCAUGAGUAUUGGCCGAACCUUCGAAGAAGCCAUUCAGAAGGCCAUCCGCGAGGUUGACCCAAGCAACAUGGGUUUCAACGAGACUGCCGCCCUUAUGGAGAUUGACCAGGAGCUUCAGACGCCCUCUGACCAGCGUCUGUUUGCCAUCGCCAACGCGAUGAAGUCUGGUUACACCGUCGACAAGAUUUGGGAAUUGACCAACAUCGACAAGUGGUUCCUCAGCCGUCUCAAGUCCCUCAGUAACUUCGAGAUUUCCAUGUCGAACUACAACACCUCGAGCAUCACCCUGCCGCUGCUCAAGAAGGCUAAGGAGCUUGGUUUCUCCGAUCGCCAGCUGGCCAAGUUCUGGGGCUCGAACGAGCUUGCUGUCCGUCGCGUACGUGUUGAUCACGGUAUCUUUCCGGUUGUCAAGCAGAUUGAUACCGUUGCUGCUGAGUUCCCCGCUCACACGAACUAUCUAUACCUCACGUACAACGGUACUGAGCACGACAUCUCGUUCAAUGACAAGGGUGUGAUGGUCCUUGGUUCGGGUGUGUACCGUAUCGGUUCCUCGGUCGAGUUCGAUUGGUGCUCCGUUCGCGCCAUCCGUACUCUACGCGAAAAUGGGUUCAAGACCGUUAUGAUCAACUACAACCCGGAGACUGUCUCCACCGAUUACGAUGAGGCCGACCGUUUGUACUUUGAGAACAUCUCCCUCGAGACUGUCCUUGAUAUCUAUACCCUGGAGAACUCUAGCGGUGUGGUCAUUAGCAUGGGAGGCCAAACGCCUAACAACAUCGCUCUGCCUCUCCACCGUAUGAACGUUAAGAUUCUCGGUACUUCUCCUGAGAUGAUUGAUACCGCAGAGAACCGUUACAAGUUCUCUCGUAUGCUUGACCGCAUCAAUGUCGACCAGCCUGCAUGGAAGGAGCUUACCAGCAUCGAGGAGGCCAGAGAGUUCUGCGAUCGUGUUUCAUACCCCGUGCUCGUGCGUCCUUCGUACGUUCUGUCCGGCGCCGCGAUGAACACUGUCUACUCUGAACAUGACUUGGCCAAUUACCUCAACCAGGCUGCCGAUGUGUCUAAGGAGCACCCGGUCGUCAUUACCAAGUACAUUGAGAACGCCAAGGAGAUUGAGAUGGACGCUGUGGCACGUAAUGGUACCAUGAUUGGCCACUUCAUCUCAGAGCACGUUGAGAAUGCCGGUGUCCACUCCGGUGACGCUACCCUUGUUCUCCCUCCUCAGGAUCUGUCCCCGGAGACCAUUCGUCAGAUCGAAGACGCUACUCGAAAGAUUGGCUCGGCUUUGAACAUCACUGGCCCAUACAACAUCCAGUUCAUUGCGAAGGACGACGAGAUCAAGGUCAUUGAGUGCAAUGUCCGCGCUUCUCGAUCCACACCCUUUGUGUCGAAGGUUAUGGGCGUUGAUCUCAUCGAGAUGGCGACCAAGGCUAUGGCUGGCCUGCCACUGACCGAGUACCCCGCCACCAAUAUCCCUAAGAACUACGUCGGUGUCAAGGUUCCUCAGUUUUCAUUCUCUCGUCUCUCUGGUGCCGACCCUGUUCUUGGUGUAGAAAUGGCAUCUACUGGUGAGGUUGCCUGCUUUGGUCGCGAUAAGUACGAGGCCUACAUCAAGGGCCUUAUCGCCACUGGCUUCAGACUGCCCAACAAGAACAUCUUGUUCUCCAUCGGUUCGUUCAAGGACAAGCUUGAGAUGCUGCCUUCCAUCCAGAAUCUUUACAAGAUGGGCUACAACCUGUUUGCUACCGCUGGUACUGCGGAUUAUAUUCAAGAACACGGUCUCCCGGUCAAGUUCUUGGAGGUCCUGCCGCCUGGCGAGCACGAUGAACAGAAGUCGGAGUACUCUUUGACACAUGCUUUGGCAAACAACUUGAUCGAUCUGUACAUCAACUUGCCCUCGAGCAACCGCUUCCGACGACCCGCCAACUACAUGUCCAGGGGUUACCGCACUCGUCGUAUGGCUGUCGACUACCAGACUCCUCUCGUGACAAACGUCAAGAACGCGAAGAUUCUGAUCGAGGCUAUUGCCCGUCACUACGAUCUCGCCAUUAGUUCAGUCGACUUCCAGGAGUUUGUGCCUGAGGCUGGAGCUCACGAUGAUUCCUACGGACAGCUGUCGAAGAGCAACUCGCUGUCCCUGCCUCAGUUACUCGCCAAGUCCCCUUUCAAGCGCAAGCACAUUACGUCUGUCAAGCAGUUCAGCCGAGCCGACCUUCACUUGCUUUUCACCAUUGCUCAGGAGAUGCGCCUUGGUGCUCAGAAGCAAGGUUGUCUCGACAUCCUCAAGGGCCGCGUCCUGUGCACCAUGUUCUUCGAGCCCUCGACACGAACAUCUGCAUCAUUUGAUGCAGCCAUGAAGCGUCUUGGUGGUGAGGUCGUCAUUGUCAACGAGUCAGUCUCUUCUACCAAGAAGGGCGAAUCUAUCGGCGAUACCAUCCGCACUCUGGGAUGCUACGGUGAUGCCAUCGUUCUCCGUCACCCCGACGAGGAGUCGAUCGACAUCGCUGCUAAGUUCUCCGGUGUGCCCGUCAUCAACGCUGGCAACGGUAGCCGUGAGCACCCUACUCAGGCACUCCUUGACAUCUUCACCAUCCGUGAGGAGCUUGGAUCUGUUAACGGUCUCACCAUCACCUUCGUCGGUGACCUCAAGUACGGCCGCACAGUCCACUCGCUCUGCGAGCUGCUGUCUCACUACGGCUGCACUGUCAACCUGGUGUCGCCCGAGUCCCUCAGCAUGCCCAGCUCUGUUCGUGAGGCCCUCAAGUCUCGUGGUCAGCUGAAGACGAUCUCCAACGAGCUUACACCUGAGAUCAUCGCCUCCUCUGACGUCCUGUACUGCACUCGUGUGCAGAAGGAGCGCUUCCCAGAUGUUGCUAGCUACGAGCGGGUCAAGGACUCGUUCGUCAUCGACAACAAGGUACUCAAGCAGGCGAAGACCAACAUGAUUGUCAUGCAUCCACUGCCAAGGAACAACGAGAUCCAUGAAGAGGUGGACUUUGACCCCAGGGCGGCAUACUUCAGACAGAUGAGAUACGGGUUGUACACUCGCAUGGCACUGCUUGCUAUGGUCAUGGCCCCGUAA